UUGGACUUGCGAGGUGCACAGGCCCUGGUUAUAAGCUGUGGAUGUGGGACUGUACAAGCUGAAGUCACUGCACUUACCUCUCAGCCAAGCCAACUAGAAUACCCUGCCUGCCUGUACUGUCGCUCUCUCUCUCUCUCUCUCUCUCUCCUUCCCUCCUAGAUUUGGAGCGCUGAAAUUUGGAAAGUGCGCCUCAGACCCACUUUUGGUCAGCCUGAAGACUGUACAGAGACGGUUUUCCACUCCUCUCUCUUCCCUUCGAUCCCACUCUCAGUCACUCUCUCACUCGCUCGCUCUCUCACUGCAGAAGCACAUGGACUACAUUUUCUCCAGAGAGACAGAGAAAGAAGCAAAACAAAAAUAACAUUUGUUCCACCUGCCAUUGGUGAAAAUAUUAAAAUAGUUCUGUUUUUGGACAAACUCGGACCAGCUUUCAAACCAGCGGCAUUGCAACGUUUAUUUAUAUAUAUUUUUAUUCUCUUUUGUUCCUUUGAAAUUGACUGAUCUGAUACCAUCCUAAUUUCUCCGGGAGACAUGUGUGGCUGAAGGAGAAGAGGAGCCAGAGACCAACCUGAAAUUAACACCUCGUUGACACCCUCUCACAUCCCGUUCCUCCAUCUACCAUUCAACGUUUUGAGGAGAGAAAAAAGUUGCUAGCAGCUAAACAGAUGACCAUGCUGUUGGCUCCUGUCUGUGUGCUGCUGCUGCUGGGGGGCCGUGUCCUUGGAGGAGGCUACCCCCCCAUGCCCCAGAUGAAGUACAUGCAGCCCAUGAUGAAGGGCCCUGUGGGACCUCCCUUCCGAGAGGGCAAGGGACAGUACCUCGACAUGCCACCCAUGAUGGAGGUAAAGGGCGAGCCAGGGCCCCAAGGAAAACCUGGACCUAGAGGCCCAACUGGGCCCUCAGGACUUCCGGGAAAACCAGGGCUGGGGAAACCAGGUCUCAAUGGCCAGCCUGGCCUUCAGGGGCCUCCAGGCUUUCCGGGCAUUGGGAAGCCAGGACUUCCGGGUCUCCCAGGAAAAGGGGGAAUUAAGGGGAUGCCUGGGAAUAAUGGCGAGGUUGGACUUCGGGGUGAACCAGGUCCCAGAGGACUUCCAGGUCAACCAGGUCUCCCCGGCCCAGCUGGCCUGUCUCUUAAUGGCAAACCUGGCCUUCCAGGUGGGAGUGGCCAACCUGGGUCUCGUGGAGAACCAGGACAGAAAGGUGGGCCUGGAAAUCCUGGGGAGCGUGGAUUCAAGGGAGAGAAUGGCAAUGGGAAUCCUGGAUUGCCAGGAACCAGGGGCCCCAAUGGGCUCAGGGGCCCCCCAGGGCCAACUGGUAAUCAGGGAAUGGGAAAACCAGGACUUGACGGCCUUCCUGGUCCUUCUGGGCCUAAAGGGGACCAGGGGCUCCCAGGAGGAAUAGGAGAGCCAGGGAAGGCUGGAGGUCCAGGGCUGCAAGGCCAGCCAGGAUCCGUUGGAUUGGGCAAGCCUGGUAAUGAUGGAUUGCCUGGAAGACCCGGUCCACUUGGGCCUAAAGGUGAGCCAGGACAGAGGGGUUCUCCAGGAUUACAUGGAGGUCCUGGCUAUGGCAAACCUGGUCUACCAGGGACAAAGGGAGACAAGGGCCUUUUCGGGGGACCAGGCGUCCCUGGAGAUAAGGGAGAGCCUGGGAUGGCUGGACAGCCAGGAGACAUGGGCCCAGAUGGACAACCAGGACCACCAGGAAUACAGGGCCCCAUGGGGCUUUCAGGAAAACACGGCAUGCCUGGCCUGAAGGGAGAGUUGGGUCCACAGGGGCAUCCAGGUCUGCCAGGGAUCAGAGGGGACCAGGGUCCUGGUGGUAUGUCUGGAAAACCAGGCAUUCCUGGAGACAAAGGGCUCCCGGGUCCUAACGGGGCUAUCGGAAAACCUGGGCCCAAAGGCGAGGCAGGGCACAUAGGCCUACCAGGAAAUCCAGGUCUGUUAGGCAAUCCUGGACCAAAAGGGGAGCUUGGGUUUGUUGGGUCUCCAGGACCAAGAGGCCAGUCUGGAAUCCCCGGUCUGCAGGGGCCUUCAGGGCCAAUGGGGCCACAGGGUAUCCCAGGUCUGAAGGGCGAACCUGGGCUGCCGGGUCUUCCAGGUCUGGGCAAGCUCGGAGAAAAAGGAAUUCCAGGUCCCCAAGGUCCCCCAGGAAAGCCCGGCAACUCUGGACUCAACGGCAACCCCGGCCCUCCAGGGCCACCCGGGCCCCCUGGCCCUGCAGGAAACGGACAAACCGGGGUGGCUGGGCUAACGGAUUCAGGGCUGGGUGGGGACGAGGUACCAGACGGGAGGAACGGAAAACCACAGUUUGGCCGUGCAGAUCUCUCCGCCACCCUGGCGCCCGCGUUUACCGCCAUCCUCACCACAGCCUUCCCUCCCUCUGGGACGCCCAUCAAGUUCGACAGGACCCUGUACAACGGGCAGAAUGCCUACAACCCUGCCACCGGUAUCUUCACCAGCCCCAUGUCUGGCGUCUACUACUUUGCCUACCACGUGCACGUAAAGGGAUUCAGUCUGUGGGUGGCACUGUACAAGAACUAUGUUCCAGCCACAUACACCUACGACGAGUACAAGAAGGGCUACAUGGACCAGGCGUCCGGUAGUGCCGUCCUUGAGCUGAAGGAGAACGACCAGGUGUGGAUGCAGAUGCCCUCGGAUCAGGCUAACGGGCUCUACUCCACCGAAUACAUCCACUCGUCCUUCUCAGGGUUCCUGCUCUGUCCCACAUAAUGGCCUGCUAGUCAACUAUCACCUAGGGUGCCUUCUGAUGUCCCUGCAUCAAAACACCGGCAGCCAGAAUAACACCACCUGUAUAAUGUUAUCAUCAACAACAUCAACAACGACAGGAAAAGACGUUGUGAACGGAAGAUGGAGAAUUAAAAAGCAGGAGAAGGAUACUUCAUGCUGUGCUCUGUUUUUAUCUCUUUCUUUAAAAUGUCUGUUUUUUUAUUUUUACGUGUUUGUUUUUUUAGCUUAUAUUAUUAUAAUUAUUAUUAUUGUCAUAAUUGUUAUUAUUAUUUUGUCAUCGUUGUCUGUAUUGUUGUCGUUUAUUGGAUUCGGACUAUUAAGUGCCUUACUUUGUCUAAGUAACAGUUAUUAUGCUGCGUUCAUAACUAUUUGGGAAGGUGGUAAAUACCAUUUGGAUGCAAUCACGUUCUUUGAGCUCAUUGAGAAACGCCGAUUAGCUAACAGCUACCGUGCUUGUAAAAUAUUAUAGUGUUUAAAAACCAUAUUAAUAGCUUGCUUUUUAUAAAUAAUGUUUUGUUGUUGCAUUUAACUGUCAUAAAUACUGUUAUAAUUUCCUUAGUAGGUGACGUUGGAAGUCAGCAUGUGGGAGAAGUCGGAGCUCAGCGAUGAUAGACGAGUUUCCCACUAGUAAUUACCAGUUAGAGGAGCCUUAAAGUGUUUUUUUAUCCAGUCGUAUGUGGUAAAUACCACCUUCCCACUUGGUUAUGAAUGCAGCAUUAGACCUACCCAUGUGACUGCACAUCCUACCCAAAUGCUCUGACAUCAGUAGGAUGAAAUCGUCAGACCCUGGGGCUCUGAUUGGUUCCCCUGGCUGCAGUCACUUCCUGCACAAAAACCUCCCAUUUUCUUCUGUGUGCGCGUCCUUCCUAUUUAAAUCAAUAUUUCACAUAAAGAUGUACCAUUACACAUACAGUAUGAAGAGUAUAUUCAAUAAACAAUUCCUUACGUGAAAUAAUAUCCAAUACUUUUCACUUUACUUAAAAAAAUGUUUUUUAAAUACCUGUUAUAGGGAUCGAUGGAUCAUUGUUUAUCAGUAUGCUCUGAUGUUUUGACAGUCAACUUCUAGUUGUCUGUUGGGUGCUAAUUUUCUGGUUUUGGAUCAUGGCUAUGACUUGAUCAAUAAGAAGUCAUUGCUAGUCAUUCUAGAAGGUGACAGUUUUGGAUCAUGGCUAUGACUUGACCAAUAAGAAGUCAUUGCUGGUCAUUCUAGAAGGUGACGGUUUUGGAUCAUGGCUAUGACUUGACCAAUAAGAAGUCAUUGCUGGUCAUUCUAGAAGGUGACGGUUUUGGAUCAUGGCUAUGACUUGACCAAUAAGAAGUCAUUGCUCUAUCCAACUUGUGUAAGAUCCACACAAAGCAGGGGACACAUAGAGACAGCAGUAUUAAACAUCCAAGAGUAACCAUGCUUUCCCACGUUUUCCUCUUCUUUGAAAAAGCAUCAAUAGUAACCAGUAACCUAAAGAAUUAUAAAUACUGUAUAUAGAACACAUUAAAUAGACAAAUAAAUCUAUGAAUAAAUGUGUAAGUUAAUCAUUAUAUUAAUAAAUACAUUAUGCGUCAGCUAAUAGACAGAAAUUGUGGGCCAAAUGCGUUCGGAUCAAUGUCAUGUUUCCCUGCAUCGAUCCAUUCUGCAUCGAUCCAUUCCAUUCUGGGUAUUCCCAUUUACUACCUGCAUUGCAGCUCCCAUGUCACCCUCAUUGCGUGCUCUAUGGCACACACAUAUUGAUGACAUCACUGCUUCUUGUGUCCGCUAACGCCAUGGCUGCGGCCGAGCAAUCAAUGCCCUAGUACCUUUCACAUUAACAUUUAGAGUGAACGUUCUGAGGUAUAGCUCACAUUAAAAGCCUCAUUCUGUCUACAAACUACAAAGCACAUCACAACUACAAAUCACAUUAACAACUGGCUAAAGGCCAUCCAACCUGUUUCUACAGAGUAACCCUUUCAAGGUUCAGAUGAAACCCAAUGGGUGCAUUGGGUGCAGUUCAAAUGAUCUUACACAACGCUCCCAGUAUUUGGUGCUAUAGUUAUCUCAUUGUAAUGAUAAAUGUACAGUAACAAUGUAUAAUCCUCCAUAAGCCUCAGUAUAACAUAAAGGCUAUACAUUCAUUUUCCACCUAAAGAUACAUCCACAACUAAAAUGGUUUGUCCAUUGCUUGGUUAAAUGGAACAUCUGAUGUUGCCACAGUAUAGUCCUCGUGGAAGUCUUGUGACAGGAUAUGAAAGAAGGUUAACUUUUGGAAAUGACCAUACAUGAAUCUCCAUAAUAAGUCAUGAGAGAGAGAGAGAGAGAGAGAGAGAGAGAGAGAGAGAGAGAAAGAGAGAGAGAGAGAGAGAAAAAGAGAGAGAGAGAAAGAGAGAGACUGACAGAGAGGGAGGGAGGGAGGGAGAGAGAGAGAGAGAGAGAAAGACUGACAGAGAGGGAGGGAGGGAGUGAGAGAGAGACCCUGUGGUUGUGAAAUUGUUCUUGCAUAACAGUUAACAUGGCUCUGUUAUUUCUGGGAGAAACGGUGGGACAAGGGUGAGAAGGGUGUUUGCUGUGUGAGUUCUCCUAGUGCAGUACAGUGUUUCUGUCUGUAUCUAUUUUUAACUUCCAGCCGUUAACGCUUUACCUGGGUGAAAGAUGAACUGCAGAGACCAUGGAACAUGCUUUCUGAGUCAUGCACUUCUAGUUAAUACUCCACCACAGUUUUGAAUUGAAGAUCUGAUGUGGUUCAAAUAGGACAUGUGUGUCAUCGUGAAGGUUACCUAAAUGCACAUGUAUGGUCCUAUAGCUUGGUCAAUGUCGCAAAGAGAAAAAUUUGGUUUGGUAGUAGUAGUGGGCUACACAUCAUGCAAAGAGGAGAAACGUCAAAUAGACACGUGGGAAAUUUAUUCAAAGUAAGACGACAGUAAUGUUGGAAUAAAAACAUGAAGGUUUAUCGUGAAGACCUUAAUUUUCCAGUGACCUUGGGCUCAAGGUUAUAUCAUACAGUAUAUCACACUCCCUUGCUGUAAGUUCAAUGUAGGGGCAUCAUAUAGUAUGUUUCCAUCAUUAGAUAUAUUUACUAUUGGUCAUCAAUGGUGAUAAUACACCAUUUAGACUGCCCUGAUGCUAUUCAUGGUGGAUAUAGCAGAAUGGUAGGUAGCACCCAUUUAUUUUCCUAGAUUUUGAGUUCUCUUUCUGUAACAAUACCCAAGAGUAGAAGUUGUAUUCAGAUUGAGAACCUGAGGCCAACAUUCAUUCACAAUGGUUAUCCAGGUUCCUGCGGUAAAUAAGAAGAAUAAUGAAUGUAGGGAUAUUGCUCUGUUGUCUGCAUAUUAAUACACUUGCUGUAUAGCUGUGUCUAAAGAAUGAUGUUUUUGAAAUGUUCUGGAGAAACGGUCAUCGGUUUUGACUGAGUUGAGCCUCGUGUCUCACGUUCAGUGUUUUAGGUUUAUCCAAUGCACUCUCACUAGUCUCGGUGCCCCUAAUCCUCUCAUCAGAACCUGAACAUCCUUAAGCAAAGUUUGUGUCUCAUUACUGUUGUGUAAGUCUACUAGACAAUUCAAGACUUGUUCUUGUUAUGUACUGUAUAUCAGACAUUCGGAAAGCCAUUUUUGAGUGGUGUGGUCGGACAGACUGUUACUCUCCUUUUGUCUAUUCCUUGUCAUAGACAAUGUCACUUGGUUUCAGAGAUUGCAGUGUGUGCAAAUAAUUUUUCCCAAAUGUACUGCCUUGAUCAUAAACUGAUUAGACUUGUUUUCUAUUCAAUGAUUAAAAAAACUAUAAAAAAUACGCCUUGCUUCGGUUUUAAGGGAUAUUUGUUUGUUAUAGUUUGGAGAUAGAUAGAAAUAAGAUGGAUACAAAUGGGCAUUUUAAUUUGCACAUGACCUUAAUGAAGAUGUCUUUAUACAUCUGUGAUAAUUUAACAGUAACGCCAAAACCGCCCACCGAAGCCUAGAUGGCAUAAAUGGUAUUUAACAGCAUUGAACGAGAUCAUUUAGAACACCUAGUUAGCAUUCUAGCAUUGUUCAUGAAGGAUUCUUUUUGUGGAUUUAAAAAAAAUGUGUAAUGUACAAUGUAUCAACCUAUAGGAUUUUUUUUGUCUUAUACAUGGCUAUUGUGUGCCCUCUAUGAAAUAUGGGUAUAAAAUGCACUCUUUUUGAUUGAAAAUGUUUUGUCUGCUUAUACAAAAUCUACAGUACUUAAUUGUAUUGAUGCCAAAUCAAUAAAUACUUUAUUGUA